AUAUCUUCAUAAGGAACUGGUAGUUUUUCAGCUCAGCUAUCCAGAGGAAAUUGUUGCUAAUGUGCUCUGCCAAAACCCAGGGAGGCAGCCUCCUGCACGCCAGAUUACUUUGGACUGCUGUGAGCUGUGACAUCACUGUAUUAAAGUUUGGUUUCAGCCAGACCUCUGCUGUUUGUGGUUAGGGGGAGGCCCUGAACGUGUCUAUUGCUGGUGGAUCCCUUGUACUUGUGGGAGGGGAAAAAAGGCUUAUCCAACCAGAACUUGUCUACUUGCUGCAUACUCAAUAGGGUUUUUUUUUUUUUUUAAACUCCAGCAUGUAAAUCCACCACAAAGGAGCUGAAGUUCAAAUAAGGCUGCUUUAGUCCUGCAUGAAAUGAUAGAUUCAAGACUUCGGAAUUGAAAUGCCUGAGUUCUCUUCUUUCAUCAAAAGAAAGUUACUACUUCAGCCUAUUGUCCCUCCAUGCCUAUAGCAUGAGGAUGUUCAUCUUAGAUUCAGCAACUAACUGUCUUUUUUUUCUAUCAAAGAAAAGAGUUUAAACAAUAAGAAAAACAAGAUUAUCAGAGCCUUAGGGCAUUAACUUUUCUAAUUAUAGUAUCAAAUGUAUAAAACUUUUCAGUGGCAGAGUCUAGCUUGCUUUCACUGCAGACAUACUUCUGAUACAGAGAUGUCACAGUUCCAAUGGAUAAGCUGUUCAGUUAAUCUUUGAUAAAAAGCACGUUAAAGACUGAAGAAAGAAGCCAAAGGCAAAGAAAACUCGAUUUUAGAAGUUCAUUUGUAGAAGAAAAAUUAUCCAAAAAUAAAGAAUGAUGAAGGCAGCAAGAUUAACUUGCUUAUUACUAAUUGCAGUCAUUGGAGUGUCUGCUAGCAAGACACAGGAAUUUGAAAACAGUGAUGGGGGCACAGAGCAAGAAUUCAUUUACAUGAACAGGUAUAAGCGGUCCAGCGACACACAGGACAAGUGCACUUACACCUUUAUUGUACCUCAGCAGAAAGUGACAGGUGCCAUUUGUGUUAAUUCAAAGGAGCCUGAGGUUCUUCUUGAAAACCGGGUAAAUAAGCAAGAAUUAGAGCUGCUUAACAAUGAACUUCUAAAGCAAAAGAGACAAAUAGAAACUCUUCAGCAAUUGGUGGAGGUGGAUGGUGGGAUCGUUAAUGAGGUUAAACUUUUACGAAAAGAAAGUCGGAAUAUGAACUCUCGUGUCACGCAACUUUAUAUGCAGCUGCUACAUGAAAUUAUUCGAAAACGGGACAAUGCAUUAGAACUUUCCCAACUUGAAAAUAAGAUAUUGAACCAAACUGCUGAUAUGUUGCAACUUGCAAACAAAUACAAGGACCUAGAGUACAAAUAUCAACAUUUGGUGUCAAUUGCCAAUAACCAGUCUAUAAUUAUUGCACAGCUAGAAGAACAUUGUCAAAGAAUGCCAUCCAUUAAGCCAAUACCCCAACCUCCCCAACCACCAAACAGAAUGUAUCAGCCUCCUACUUACAAUCGCAUUAUUAACCAAAUAGCUACCAAUGAGAUUCAGAGUGAUCAGAAUUUAAAGGUUCUACCACCUAAUCUACCAACCAUGCCACCAGUUACUAGCAGUCCAACUUCAACUGAUAAACCAUCUGGACCAUGGAGAGACUGUCUACAGGCAUUAGAAGAUGGCCAUGACACCAGUUCCAUCUAUCUUGUGAAACCUGAAAAUACAAAUCGACUUAUGCAGGUCUGGUGUGACCAACGACAUGACCCUGGUGGCUGGACUGUCAUUCAGAGACGACUCGAUGGAUCAGUCAACUUUUUCAGGAACUGGGAUACUUACAAGCAAGGAUUUGGUAACAUAGAUGGAGAGUACUGGCUGGGUUUAGAAAAUAUUUAUUGGCUAACAAAUCAAGGCAACUACAAACUGCUUGUAACUAUGGAAGAUUGGUCAGGUCGAAAAGUAUUUGCUGAAUAUGCCAGUUUCAGACUGGAGCCAGAGAGUGAAUAUUACAAGUUGAGACUGGGUCGUUACAAUGGCAACGCUGGGGAUUCUUUCACUUGGCACAAUGGGAAGCAGUUCACCACACUGGAUAGAGACCAUGAUGUAUACACAGGUAACUGUGCUCAUUACCAAAAAGGAGGAUGGUGGUACAAUGCCUGUGCUCACUCAAACCUCAAUGGAGUCUGGUAUCGGGGAGGACACUAUCGUAGUCGAUACCAGGAUGGUGUUUACUGGGCUGAAUUCCGUGGUGGAUCAUAUUCACUAAAGAAAGUUGUUAUGAUGAUCAGGCCUAACCCCAACACGUUCCACUGAAAGAAUUUUUUCCUCUUUUAAUUUACUGUUUAAAACAGAACAAUGAAAUGGCAGUAAUAGCUGCAUGUGCUAUCCGGAAUACAUCUUUAUGGCAGCAAGGAAUGUAAGAUAUUGUACAUUUAUUGCUACAAUUUGAGGACUUGUAUAUUGUAUUUUCAACAUUCACUCUAGCAAAAACAUACAAUGUAAGUGAUAUAAUAAACUUUCAGAACAUCUUUCUUUGUACCAAAAAUAAUUAAGGUUCCUGUUUCUAGAACUGGGAUUUGACAUGGACUGUAGAUAACACUUCUGGGUUUUAUUCCCUGUAAAUUAUGUCUAGAUUCUAAAAAUACUGCCACAGCAUCUAAAUAUUUUGUAUUAUGUAUAAAUAUUCUCAAAUACAGUACAAUCUGUACAGCAAGAGUUUUAUUCUUAUUAGUAGGGAUCAUUUGACACAGGAAAUCGCAUCCUUUGAAACCAUGUAGUUGGUAUAUGUACUGUAGGGUAUUAGUGGGAUUAUUCCUAAUUUAAUUUUUAUUAAUUGUCAUAGAUAAAACAAUCAGUAAAUCAUUUCAGUUUGUGGGCAGACACCCAAAUAGUUACCAUAAUGAUUAAUCCAGUCUGUUGCUCUCACUCCUCUCUUGAUGUACAUGCCAUCAUUCUCAAAGAUGACCCCUGAUACAAACAUUUUUGAUCAAGGAAGGAAAAUGAGUGUUUUUAAAUUGAACUGCCUACAUGUAUUUAUAAAGUAAUCCAAACUUAUAAUGGCUAUUGCAUAUUAUAUAGCCAACAUGAAUAAUAUUAAUUCUCAUAUAAAACAAUAGCCUAAAUAUUUAACAUUAUUUUAUACUGAGCUACGUCAUUACCUGCUGUGUAGCCACUGUAAUCAGAAAAUGGCUACAAAUUAAAGGGGCUAUCCAACUUUGCAGGCAAAUGAUGGAUACCGAUCUAUAUUCUAUUUAAUGUCCUUAGCCACAAGAUUAAGAUUCUUGGAAGAAAAUAUUUGUAACCAAGAACAAUUAUAUUUGCCAUAUUUUACAAUUAUUAAUGAGUACAUUGUGUGUCAACAUAUUAAAGAGAAUUACUCACUCAUAUUUAUAACUAAAAUCAAUUGUGGAAACUUGGAGAAUUUUAGAAUUCUGCUGAGGUAGGUAUGUAGAAUAGAUAAUUGUUACAAAUUAGAAACUACAGUGAAAACCAUAAAAUUUAGUGAAAGAAUGUCUGAGAAAAACAAAAAAAGCUCUUGGCAAUUUGGCAUACCUUACAAUAAGCCUGUGAGAUUUUUUUUUUUUUACCAUGUGCAUAUUAUACUUUCCUCCCUUAUUACCUCAUUAUUUCUUUACAAAUGUAUGAUGUACAUUAAAAACUGGUGAUGCCUGAUGUAGCAUGUGUUGUAUAUAAAUGAAAGUAUGGUUUUUAAUAUAUUAUCAGAUUAUCCUUGUAAUAUUGCAAAUUGGUAAUAAAGCAACAAAUGCUAUUUUGAUGUA